UCAUAAUAGCUUGUUUAUGCCAAAACUAUACCAGUAUUUGUCGAAAGAAGUUGUAUUUAUACGGAAACCAAACAUGGACUAUCAAAGGACAUUCUCCUUAGAGCUUGGUUUGAUUUUGUUGUUGAUCGCUGUACAAGUUUCAAAUCUUAAAGGAAGUAAUGAGAAGUCAAAGCAGUUUGGUCGGAAGAAGAAAGCCGUUUUUUAAUUGUAUUAUGUGCAGAUAUGAAAAAGAAAACAAGUCACAAGAUGUUAGCUUCAAUUUUUUGGAACAAAAUAGCGAUGGAAAUGAAGAAAAAUGGUUAUAAAAAAAGUUCCACACAAUGCGAAUCAAAGUGGAAGCUGCUCUGCAGGAUGUAUAAAGAAAAACAAAUAUUGAAAAACCAGACUGGUGGAAAACCAGUUACAUGGAAGUAUUAUGAUGAGAUGGAUGAAGUUAUGUUCAAUAAACCCGAAAUUACUCCUCUUGCGUUGGCUUCAAAUCUUAAAGGAUAUAGACAAAAAGUUCAGAAACAAAUUAAAGAAAAAUCUACAAGUAAUAAUGACAAUGAUACAGAAGAGGAAGAAGAUUUGUCAGCGCAUAAAAUAAUUAAGAAACGACGUACAAAUUUAAAGAAAUCUUCUAUUGACCAAUUUAGGGAGGAAGCCAACUUGCGCCACCAAGAAAAUAGAGAAGAUAGAAAGAUACUUUUCUCCAUAUUAAAAGAACUUGUGGAAAAGAAAUAAUAGAUUUUAUUUCUUUACAAGAAAUCUAUGCCUUCGUGCCUAUCAUGGAUAAUUCAAUCCUUCGUACCUAAUUAUGGAUAAUUCAAUUAAGUUAAACUUAUAUUAGUGCAACUUAUUCUACAUUUUCAAUCAGUCUACAAGAUAAAAAGGAAUAAAAAUUCAGUUAUUUAUAUUUUCUUUCUAAUAAAAUUCUUUUGUCAUGAGAUAAGAGUACCCAGUAAACGAAAACUAAUUGAAAUGAAUUAAAAAGAAUU